AUGGCGCGUCUAUUUCUUCAAGUGCAAACUCUAUGGGCCAAAACCCCAAAAACAUGGUGCGUGAACCGUCUGACGCAUGUGUCUGGAUUACACACGGCGCAAGAAUUCAUCGGAGGGUACGCGGUGAUAAGCUCUACCCCUCCAAAAGGCUGGAAAUCACUAUUCUCUCUAAUAGAGUCAAAUCGUAACACGAUUGGUGAUUUACCUUACCAUCUGAGAGCGUUGCGGCCGCUCCGAUCGAUCGCCAGUUCGGUUCCGAAAGCGCGAACACGCGGCGGUAGUGCCGUGCGCGCGCGCCACCACUCCAUUGAUAAAGCUCGCGAUUCCCGCUCCGGCGGCCACCAGUCGGGACCGUGCCGCCGCCCAGAGCACACGUCCCCAAGUCGCGCACCGCUGCCGCACCGCGACCACAGACCUCGGCAGGCGACGGAUCAGUUCUCGCCCAUCUGCGGUACCGGUGGCAUGGGUGAUGGUGCCGUGAUGAGUGCGCGGUGGUUGGUAGCGGCGCUGCUGGUGCUGGGCGCCGCCUGCGAGCCCAGGGCCCCCAGGGCGGACACCCGCCCACGGCAUUGGCAGCGAGGCGCGCGCACCCUGGACGACCGCGCGCCCAGCCAGUUCGUCGGGCCCCACGUCUGUCGGAGUCGCAACAGCACGCAUUGCUGCCCGGGCUGGUCUUCGAGGCCCAACUCCUUACUUUGUGUCGUCCCUAUAUGCCGCCCGGACUGUGGCUCCCCUGGCUCGUGCGUGGCGCCCAACAUGUGCCGGUGCCCUAAUGGCAUCGAGGCGCCCUCUUGCGGCAACGGGGGAGGAUUCUAUCCCUAUCCCGUUCGGACCCGCGGCGGCUGUCGGCGCAUCUGCAUGAACGGCGGAACUUGCACAAACGGCACUUGCGCCUGCGCCCCCGGCUGGAGUGGGGAGUUCUGCACAGAGCCGAUUUGUCGGGAGCCUUGUUUGCACGGCGGCCGCUGCAUCGCCCCGGACAGAUGCGUGUGUUUCCACGGACUGUCCGGCACGAGAUGCGAGAUCGAUAGAAGAACAGGACCUUGCUACACGGACACGCGUGGAGCCCUGUGCACUGGCGCCCUGGAGGGAGUGGUGUGCACGAAACAGUUGUGCUGCGCCACUGUGGGCGUGGCAUGGGGCCACCCCUGCGAGAGAUGCGCGGACCUCGACUGCCCCACGGGACACCUGAGGAACCUCGCCACUAAAGAGUGUCAGGACAUCGACGAGUGCGCCGCUGUCCCCGGCCUCUGCGAGGGCGGACGCUGCGUCAACUCGAUCGGGUCGUUCUCGUGCGAGUGCCCCCCCGGCCAGAGGCGCCACAGGAUCACAAACAACUGCGAGGACAUCGACGAGUGCGAGGACCCCGACAUUUGCCCGAAUGGAAAGUGUGUGAAUACUGAGGGAGAUUAUUAUUGUCUUUGCAAUCCUCACUUCAUACCAAGUCCGGACAAGAAGUUCUGUAUUGAUGGACGCGUUGGCAGCUGCUUCGCGUAUCUGAGCGAGACAGGAGAAUGUGGCGACAGGCUGCCGGUUCCAUUAUCGAACCGUGAUUGCUGUUGCGGGUACAACAUGGGCCGAGCAUGGGGCGACCUCUGCGCACCCUGCCCCCCACGUGGAUCCACGGAAUGGACCCACCUUUGCGGUGGUGGUUUGAUACCGCCCGAUUGGAGACGGAACGACACGAGUGGUGGUGGUAUUGGUGGCGGUGGUGACACCGCCCAGCCCAUCGCCAAGAUCAACGAGUGCAUGCUGAGGGAUGGCAUCUGCGGGCUUGGCGAUUGUAUCGAUAAGGACAUCGGGUAUCAAUGCGAGUGUUGGGACGGCGCCGAGGCGGCUGAACAAGACGGGAACCCGACUUGCAUCGACAUCGACGAGUGCGCGCUCGAGUACUGUAAAGGAGGUAAUUGCGUCAACAAACCCGGCGGCUUCGAAUGCAGAUGUCCGCCUGGUUUCGACCCCGUAGAGAACGGGCUGCGAUGCAGCGACAAGAACGAGUGCGAAAUGACCAAUGGGGGAAUGUGCACCAACGGAGUGUGCACCAACGUGGAUGGCAGCUUCGAGUGCACGUGCAACCCGGGCUACGAGUCGACGGAGACGGGGCACGCGUGCCGCGACGUGGACGAGUGCCGCGACAACCCGCGCGUGUGCCGCCGCGGCCGCUGCCGCAACACGCCCGGCGCCUACGAGUGCGCCUGCGAGCCGGGCUUCGCGCCCACCGCGGGCGGCUACUGCGCCGACGUGGACGAGUGCGCGGACGCCUCCGUGUGCCAGGGCGGGCGCUGCGUGAACAGCGAGGGCUCGUUCCAAUGCGUGUGCGAGGCCGGCUACAGGGCGACCGCCGCGCGCGGCGCCUGCGUCGACGUGGACGAGUGCGCGGAGCUGCGCGUCUGCCGCAACGGCCGCUGCCGCAACUCGCCGGGCUCCUUCCGCUGCGACUGCCUGCCUGGCUUCACGCUCAGCAACGACGGCCGCACUUGCUUAGACGAGGUUCAAGAUCUUUGUUACGAAAAAUACGAAGAGGACCAUUGUACUGGACCUGGCACAACGCCAGUGACUAGGUCGCAGUGUUGUUGCAGUUCCAGCAAAGGUUUUAAAUUGGGUUGGGGCGUUGCGUGCAAAGAAUGCCCCAAGCAAGGCUCCAAAGAGUACGACAUUCUGUGUCCGGAAGGUCCAAGUAAGGACAACGGUGGCGCUGAUAUCAAUGAGUGUACGAUGAUCCCGGGAAUUUGUCCACACGGCACCUGCGAGAACUUAGAGCCCGGAUACAAGUGCAUCUGCGACCCUGGAUACCAUCCCGAUGCCGACGGUAUUUGCAGGGAUGUCGACGAGUGCGACAUGCAUCAGUCGUAUUGCACUGGUGGGCAAUGUCGCAACACGAUGGGCAGUUUCAAUUGCGUGUGCCCACCGGGCACACGGUACGAAGCGGACGAACAAAUUUGUCGGGACAUUGACGAGUGCGAGGGUGAGCUACUUUUCAUCGUCAAGGACUAUGACAGGGGGGACAUACCGCCAAUGUUCCCAAUGCUCACAGAACAAUCUAAUCCAUGUGAUAAUGGACGAUGUAUAAAUACUCAUGGAAGCUAUGAGUGCGAAUGCGAGCAUGGUUUUGUUUUGGACGCUACGGCCCAACAUUGCCUAGACAACCGUCGGGGCUCGUGCUGGCGGCGGGCAGUGGACGGGCAGUGCGAAGGCGCCGCACCGAACACGCUGCUGCGUCAGGAGUGCUGCUGCAGCGUGGGCCUCGCCUGGGGCUCCCCGUGCGAGCCCUGUCAGACAGACGACUGCCCCUGCCCUAAGGGGUUCGCCAAGCUGGACGGUGCUACGUGCCGCGAUCUGGACGAGUGUAUGCUGGACCCGGAGCUUUGUAUCGGCGGCUCUUGUGUGAACACCGACGGCUCCUACCGCUGCGAUUGUCCUUCUGGACUCACUCUCGAUUCUACCGGAAAUCGUUGUGUGGACACUCGCAAGGAGUAUUGCUACACCGACUACAUCGGAGGUCGGUGUUCGAAUCCGUUGCAAGUGGAGGUCUACCGGGCGAUAUGUUGCUGCUCCUCACUUGGAAAGGCUUGGGGCGAUGGUCGUUGUGAGCCUUGUCCCAAAAAAGGUACGGACGCAUAUCGCAACCUGUGCAUAUCUGACGUCAGCGGACCCCCGACGAUUUGGGACAGACCUUACCCCGGUGGGCCGAACAGAACGGAUAGCAUGAGUCACAUAGUUCCCGGGGGCGAUCUGGACGGCUGGGACGUGGACGUCGGAACAACUUCCUCAACAAUUCCCUGGACGGCUGGGGGAGCCAAGGCCACGGCCUCAUUCCCGGACAAAUGGAGG